AUGCAGCCGGGAGAGCGCCGCACGGUGGUUGAAGAGCUCGUUCCGAUGCUGAUAGAGGUCGCAGACAAUUCAAAGCUUGAGGAGUUACUAGUGGACCUGGACGAGCAGGAAGUUCUGUGGUUGCUGUCUCAAGUAGAUGAGGACACGAUCAAGUCUUUGAAGAUACCCGAGCCCCGCAAGAUCUUGGUUGGCGGGGAGCUUGCUCGCAGACUGACAAGGUCCACAGCUGCCUAUGCGCAGAGGAAGUGCUUGAAUUGCCUUUGGGAUUUUCUCAAUGAAAAUGAGGGAGAUUCUUGGGCGAAAGCAUCAGCUUUGGUGCUGGCAACAUUCCAUAGCAGGCUGACAGCUCAGCUUGAAGUGCUUGACACAAAGUUGCUGCGCCAGGCUUGCGAGUACCUGAAAAGCCGAGACAGCGCCAGGUCCUUCGCUAUGGACUUCUUUGAUUCCGAUCUUGGCAUCUCCACAUUGGAACAGUGGCCACCCACGAACUCUUCUUCGAUCUUUGCUGAACUUGCCCGACACCUGGAUGUGAAACAUGACGAGAAGCUGGAUUUGUUGGCGACAGCCUAUGAGCAUGACGGCUCCGAUGAAGACGUGCGCUCUGCCCUGAGGCAGCUGCUCAGUCAACGAAUCAUGCAGCAAGGCUCCAGUGGUGAGGACAAACAUUUAGAGGGGCUCCUGCUCAAAGUGUUUUUAGAGGGGAAAGAGGAGAUUCCCACGGAAGUGAUGCAGGAAUUGUCGCUUCGACCAGAGAGUUUCGAGAAGCUGUCUGCGGAGCAGCGUAUGCGUCUUGCAGAAAUGCUCAAAAAGGCCAACCGAAAAGCCGAGGGAGCUCGGGUGGCUCUUGCUGCUGCGGAGCUCUUUUCUGCGAAAUCGAUGGAGGACGAGUCGCAGGACGCCAUCAUGUAUGCACUCUCUCUGGACCAUACCGACGCAAAUACAUCGACUGUGUUGUUUCAGCUUGUCCGGAGCAUCCGAGGCAAGUGCAAAGAACUCAGCAGCAAGCUUGAGAAGGCUCAAGAGGCGCUCGCCAAACCCCCGGUGUGGCACUUGACAUGGGAUUUGUCGGGCUACGACUUCGCCCACUUCACCGAAAAGCGGCAGCAGUUCAGCGAGAAUUUCCAGCUCGGGGCGUCCGGCGUCGAGGCUAAACUCUGUUUGACGCCCAAGGCUUCACCAGACAAGGCCGGUGUGCUUCUUUUUGUCAGCGAGCCCGUCUGGGUGAAGUGCAGAUGCCAAUCGGGCAGUUGGGAACGCACUCUAGAGCACGAAUUUGCCAAAACGGAAGAUGGCAGCUUGCUUGGCUGUGGUUGGCCAAAAUCAAUUCCCAUUUCCUUCCUUACGUCGGGCAUCACCUUCCAUCUGCUGAGCGUCCGCCGCCCCGGGUCCUCCUUGCGGUUGGUCGCUCCCAGCUCCAUGGAGCCGAUCUCCAGGCCCCCAAGGCCCCCAUUGCCAUUGGUUGGACUUACAUUCUUGAGACCACAGCAACCACAGCCGCACACCGUUUGGUGCACCUGUGGAGUUCCAGAGCUCGCGCGGAGCUGGGGGAAGUGGUAUUACGAAGUUCAAAUGGUGAACGGAAUCAGCAAUCCACAAAUUGGAUGGCUCACUACCGAGUUCCAGCCAGGAGACCGGAGUAUUAGAGGUGUGGGAGAUGAUCCAUAUGGCUGGGCAUUCGAUGGUGUUAGAGGCUGUUGGUGGCACGAUGGCAGACACCCAUUGAAGCUGGACAGCUGGAGGCUGGGGGAUGUGCUAGGAUUUGCCAUUGACCUGAAUGAAGGAACGAUGCAGCUCUGUACAGAAGGAGGAACAGUGACGAUGCCUGCGAAGGCGCAUGGGUCACUGUACCCAGCUGUAUCCACCAGCGGCUUGUUUUGCAUGCAUCUGUCUAGAUCGGCGUGGAGGCUGCAGCCACCCGAGGGCUACCAGGACUGGUGCCGCGGAGACCUUUCAUGGGCGGACUGA